GGAUUCGGUUUAGGCUUCACAGGUAAACCGUACCGUAUGGGACAAUCAGUUUUUCGCGCACCACGCACACGGCACAACGGAUACACACACGCUCUCCAGCCACCGGAAUGAGACUAUUCGACGCAUCACGGCAGGCUGAUCGGAAUGCGCGUAUGGCGCUAACCGGAUACGCUCUUAUUGCUGUGUUAGCAGCGUUCUGUGUCGUGGGGACGCUGGUAACGACAUGCGACGCCGCUAUACUUCCUGCUGCUGCCUUAGCGGACAGUCCAGUUUACUUCGGUGGCAUCGUACCGGCGAACGGACGGUUCGGCAAGAAGAUACACCAUUUUCCCAACACCCGGGAUAACCGGCAGUAUCCGCAUCCGGCGGCGGUGGUUGGUAGCGAACUCUACCGCGCAGAACGUGAUCGUGCCGACGAUGCCUAGCACCACCAGUAUCACAAGCUGAACGUGCAGCCCGCAGUAAGAGGAGUACACGAAGCUGGCCGCUGCCGCUACCGACUAGAUUAGGGCGGGAAGGAAAGAAAAGCAAGAGUGAAAUGAUUAUCGCUACGUAAGCGACGAACCCACAAUACAGACAUCCCAAUCAAC